AUUAAUUUUCCACCCUUGGUACUCCAGAGUCGAGGCUAUUUAUCUAUGGAGGAAGAGUAACUACGUUCACGACGUGAAAAAUAAACAAAUCGCUGUUUCGCUUCCGCCAACCAAUACUAUUCUUCCACGUAGCAAUUUAAAAGAUGGCGGUUGGACGCUCAAAUUCCCUCUCUCUUUCCUAUCCGAACUCCAAAAUGCAUAGAGUCAAUCACACCACACACAUUUCCGCACAUUGUAGAAAGAAAACACCAACAAACAACCCGAACCCGCACCAUUGCGAAUCUCACUGCCUUCCUUCUAUGGCUGCCACUUCAAUCCUUUCGCUUUCCACUCCAUUAAUUGCAUAUUAAACGUUUUUCAACUAACCUUUAAGAUUUGAAAAACUCUUUUUUUUUCUGUAAAAAUGGUGGAUUACUGUCUCGGAGCUUCGAAAUUCGCUACAAUGGCGGUUUCAUCACCUCUAAGUCACUUUCGUUUGCCGCAUAAGAGCAUCAAACUACACCGAAAUUUCCAGGCGGUUUGCUUUUGGAGACCGAGUUGUCCAUACGUUGUAGAUUGUAGUACUGGUAGUGGACUGAGUGGAAAUAGUAAGUGGAAGAUUGCGAAUAGUGAUAGUAGUUGUGUAGCUACUAAAGAACAUUUUGCUAAUGAGGAAGAUUUUAUUAAAGCUGGAGGUUCUGAGCUUGUGUAUGUUCAAAUGCAACAAAACAAGGAUAUGGAUAAUCAUUCCAAAAUUGGUGAUAAGUUGCCUCAAAUAUCAGGUGGAGAUGAAUUGCUGGAUAUGGUAGUAAUUGGUUGUGGUCCAGCUGGUCUAGCUUUGGCAGCAGAAUCUGCUAAAUUAGGAUUAAAAGUUGGCCUGGUUGGUCCUGAUCUUCCCUUUACUAAUAACUACGGCGUUUGGGAAGAUGAAUUUAAAGCAUUGGGACUUGAAGGUUGUAUUGAGCAGGUUUGGCGUGAUACCAUUGUAUAUAUUGAUGAUGAUAAUCCUAUUUCUAUUGGUCGAUCUUAUGGAAGAGUUAGCAGGCAUUUACUUCAUGAGGAACUGGUGAAAAGGUGUUUGGAGUCAGGUGUCUCUUAUCUGAACGCAAAAGUUGAUCGAAUUAUGGAAGGUUUUGAUGGACAUAGUCUUGUUGCUUGUGAACGUGAUUUCACAAUCUCGUGCAGGCUUGUAACAGUUGCAUCUGGAGCAGCUUCAGGAAAACUCCUUGAGUAUGAAGUAGGUGGUCCAAGGGUUUGUGUUCAAACAGCCUACGGUGUGGAGGUGGAGGUGGAAAGCAGUCCUUAUGAUCCAAACGUUAUGGUGUUCAUGGACUACAGGGAUUACACUAAACAAAGCUUUCAAUCUCUGGAGGCAAAGUAUGCAACGUUCUUGUAUGCAAUGCCAAUAACACCAACCAGAAUUUUCUUUGAGGAGACUUGUUUGGCUUCUGUAGAUGCCAUGCCCUUCGAUUUGCUCAAGAAAAAACUCAUUGAAAGAUUACAAACUAUGGGUGUUCGUAUCAUUAAAACAUAUGAAGAGGAGUGGUCUUAUAUACCUGUUGGUGGAUCCUUACCUAAUACAGAGCAAAGGAACCUUGCGUUUGGGGCUGCUGCUAGCAUGGUGCAUCCAGCCACAGGAUAUUCAGUUGUGAGAUCAUUGUCAGAGGCUCCAAAGUAUGCUUCGGCAAUUGCAAAUAUAAUCAAGUCAAAAAAUGCAUUUUUGCGUCAAGGGAAUGAGAACAUUUCAAUUGAAGCCUGGAAUACUCUUUGGCCUCAAGAAAGGAAACGUCAAAGAGCCUUUUUCCUGUUUGGACUUGCACUUUUAGUCCAGCUUGAUAUUGAGGGUAUCAGAACAUUUUUCCGCACAUUUUUCCGAGUUCCAAAAUGGAUGUGGGAGGGAUUCCUUGGUUCAAAUCUGUCUUCCGUUGAUCUCAUAUGGUUUGCCUUUUACAUGUUCGUUAUUGCUCCAAAUGAUUUGAGGAUGAGCCUUAUAAGGCAUCUACUAUCUGAUCCUACAGGAGCAACUAUGAUAAGAACAUAUAUGACUUUAAUAUGAAUGCUAAAUUGCUCACUACCUUGUACAUCACACGGAAAUCAGAAUCGGAUACUGUAAAAUUGCACUGUGCAGUUUAAAUUGGUGCAUUUUGUACAAUGAAUAAAUUUUUGUAGGUGUACUUCUAUGCUUCUUCAUAUCCUCGUUCUGAGUUCAUAGAAGUUCAUCAGUGACCUUCGUUUAGGUCAGACGACAGACUCCUAGGACUUGAAUUGCCUUGUAUGUCCCCUUAGUUGGUCAUUCAUUUAUACCAUAUGCAAUUAAGCAUAGUGCAAAAUAUCGGCUGUAUUGUCAUGUUUGCAGCCAUGUCUCAUUCCUACGAUUUUAUACCUUGUCACAACUGUAAUAUACAAGCAAAACUGUCUACAUUGGCUGAAAUUGGUUCUGCAAUUGCAUCCUAGAUUUUGCUUUAUGAUCAUAGGUGCUUGCUCA